CAGGCAUGUGCCUACCAACCUCGGCAGAAUGCAGGUACCGGGCAUUUAUUAAACCCCCGUUUAUCCAAAUACAUCAUUUAAGGAACAGGCGCACUUGCAAAUUAGCAAAAGAUGCAGUUAUGUAGCUACUGCCUGCAUGCAACUCUGGCAGCGUGAUUGGAGCUGCAAUAUGACGUCCCAUCCAACCCUCGCUCCUGCCAAUGUGUAUUGUCGCUUGUAAGUACCUACAUAUGUGGGUAACCACACGCAAAUCGCUCUUUCCUAUGACAUCUAGUCGUGAAUUGAACAGAAUCAACCUUCAUGACAUACAGGAAAUGAAACACGCGGAUUAGCCGAUCACCGCCUACAUCGACACACAAACUCGCUCCUACAUAUUGUGGUCAUGUGUAUCGUUCAGCUAUUAUAUCAUAGGCCAUCUAUAUGCUUCAUUUCCCGUUACAAGAGAGCUCGCUCUUGGUGAUAUGGGCCUCGACUGAACACAUAUCUCUAUAUAUAUAAUUCCUCAUUGUAUCAGCUAUGAACGAGACCAAAACCCGAUCCUCUAGAAUCUCCUAACUAGGCCUUCUACAUCCAACGUAGGUCGAUUCAUAAUGGACUCUCAUCAGGGGUAUGCGUCUAGUCGCAGCGAUAGUAACAGAUCGAGUGAGGGACACGGUAUUGGUAGGAGAUUGUCCCGUUCGCUUCACCGUCAAAACCAUCAACGAAGACACGAAGCUCGCCCUAGCUCUACUGGUUCAUUGGACGAGAUAUUUGAUUAUGGGCCAACAAUACCAAUCGCCAGAGCUCCUUCUUUGACCCCGGCUGAGAAGAGCUUUAUUGAGAGAACACAUGGUAUCUCUGAGAGACGAGAUGGGUUUUUCGAUGCCAUCUUCCUUCCCCCUGAUGAUGUUGAUAGCCAGAUCCUCCUGGACCGUGCCGAGGCCACAUUGCCCCUGGCGUUUGCGAAAAAGGACCCUCUAUCUCUAAAACAUUUCUUUCCUAGGCAGUUUAAUGCCGCCUGGAACGUCAUCCACCGAGUCGUUACCACGAGGUCUGGCAUCAAGUUGUUGAAGUCAUUUCUUGGCUUCUUCAUAACCUAUAUCCUUUGUCUCAUUCCUACCGUACGAGCGCAAUUUGGCCGCUAUGCUUAUAUCAUGGUGAUAUCUGCUGUCCUGAACCACCCUGGGCGAACUGUUGGGUCUCAGAUUGAUGGAGCAUUGAUGACAAUCCUCGGUACUGCAACGGGGCUUGGUUGGGGUUCCUUUGGACUAUGGCUUUCUACCGUCACAGCCACGGCGCAAGUCGGUUUUGGUGGCAUCCUCGCGCUUUUUCUCUUCAUACACAUAUUUAUUAUUGCCUGUCUCCGGUCAUAUUACAUCCGCACGUACCAAUUCGUCAUCUGUGCCGGUAUUGCGACGUCAUACACAUGCUUGGCUGAAAUAUCACGCACUGAAGUCUCCUGGUUCAAGUUGCUUUCCUACGGCAUUCCCUGGCUUAUUGGGCAAGGUGUGUCUCUAGCUGUUUGUAGUAUCGUUGUUCCUGACGCAGGGUCUCGUCCAUUAGCCGUAGGGCUUCAUCAAGUUUUCAGUAUCCUAGUUGAUGGUAUUCCGCCUGUGAAUGAUCCAGUUAAAAUUCAAAGACGAUUAGCCCAAGCAUUCGUGAACAUGUCUCAAACAUACAGAGACAUAGCAAUCGACUUUUCUAUCACUACAUUAAGCCCAAAAGAUGUCUUGAUCCUUCGCAACUCAAUUCAAGCUGUGAUUCGGGCACUUUUAAGCUUGAAGACAGAAAGCAGGCUUCUUGGGUCCCCGACGGGGAAAGCGUCUAUUGUAGACCAUACACAUUGCCGAGAACCUUCGGAAUUCGUCAUUGAGAUGGAUAGUACCGCAGAAGACUCGUUCCACCCUGAAGAAGAGCAAAUUACCAAGUUCGUCACUGAAAGUUUAGCAACCCCUACGCAAACACUAUUGGAUUCCAUGAAGUUAGCUUUGCAGAGCUGUGAUGCCGUCAUAAUGGAUAUGUGCGGACAUCGGCAUCAUUUAGGGCCUCCAUGCCACAUAUCGAGUGAUAUUCACGCGGCUCUGGUCGAUCUUCAGAAGCAACUUACUACAUUCAAUGCUCGAAAGGAAGACGUAUUAGCUAGCAACAGGCUGCCAGGUGCUUAUUCCAGAUUUCCCGAUGUAAUUAAGACUCUCGCAUUCUGUCUCUCACUUCAUCAAGCGGCAAUCUCGAUCGAAUCUCUUGUGACUCAAGUCACUGAACUGCGGCAACGACAGCCGAAAUAUCCACAAUUUCACAUACCUUGCUAUCCAUUAUCGAAAGCUAUCCAUCGGACUAAUGCACAAGUUAGACAUGACAGGGGAGGUGUUACAGCUGGUUCAUAUUUUAGGACUUUCAAAGAUAUCGCUAGGGUUCUCAAGGAUAUCAAAUCCCGUGACUUCCAUCCAGUUGAACAAAAGGGUGCACCGAACACCUCAUCGGCCGCAUCGUCAACUGGAGAUGUCAACAGCAGCUCUGAGCGUCGAGGAGAUUGCUUCCGCGAACAAGUGUGGACUGUUCUUCACCGAAUGCAAGGCUUUGAGACACGCUUUGGGCUCAAGACAGCCCUAGUAACCUCCCUACUUGCAGUCCCUGCAUAUGUGAUGGAUAGUCAUUCUUGGUGGGAUCGCUCUGACGCAUGGUGGGCUGUCGUAAUUGGCUGGUUGAUUAUGGGUCCUCGGACAGGCGGGAAUGUUCAGGAUCUCUUUGCCCGGGCAUUUUGCGUUAUAAUUGGUGCGGUUUGGGGCGGUUUGUCGUACGCAGCUGGAGAUGGGAACACCUAUGUCAUAGCAGUGUUUGCUGCAAUAUUCAUGCUUCCUAUGCUGUAUAGGUACACACAGAGUCGCCAUCCCAGAUCGGGGCUGGUCGGCUGUAUCGCCUUUAUCGUAGUUUCCCUCUCAGAGGUGAUUGAGGAAGGAAGGCCAUCGGUCGCAGAAAUAGCUACCGCCAGGGGUGCGUCAAUGGCUUUUGGGGUCGUUGCGUCAGUGAUUGUCAAUUGGGUUCUUUGGCCGUUCGUGGCUCGUCAUGAUCUUCGCAAGGGACUCGCUUCGAUGAUUUUUAAUUGUAGCGUAGUCUAUAGGAGUAUUAUAUCUCAAUACGCGUACUAUGAGGACGGAGAGGCACCCACAGAAGAGGACAUCAAAGCUUCUGAAAUAAUUGAAGGUCGUUUGCGCGAAGGAUUUGUUCGGCUUAGACAACUGCUGGGCUUGACGCGUCAUGAAAUCCGCUUACGAGCCCCUUUUGAUCCAUUGCCAUACUCGGCGCUCAUUAGUACAUGUGAGCAGUUCUUUGACCACAUUGUUGCGGUGCGAGAGUCUUCCAUAUUUUACCACCCGCAUUUCAUCGGAGAUGACUCCGAGGUAGCUAUGGAGCUCCUUGGAUAUAGACGCGAUCAAACUGCAACGGUAUUAACCAAUCUAUACGUUCUAUCUGGAGCAUUGCGUGCGGACAGACUAGUCCCGAAAUACCUCCCAAGUGCAGCUGUCGCCAGGAAACGUUUAUUAGACCGCGUUUUCCAAUUCGAGAAGGAAUAUGCUGCUCGGGCAAAAUACAGUAACAAGGAGCAACAGCGGGAACUCAGAUUGGGACAAAUCUAUAGCUACUCGUACAACGACAGCCUAACUGGCUGCGUCGAGCAGGUCAAGCAGCUCGAGAAGUACACCAAAAUGAUUGUCGGCGAGCAAGGCUAAGCUGAUGUACACCCAUUUGCCGAAACGACUACUACUAGGAUUAGGCGUGACUGUGAUGUCGCCAUGGGGGUUAGAUGAUUCCUGGACAUUUGCAUGAACGAUCGAGUAUCCUUAAGAAGCGCAGAAAAUAGAUAUUUCAUGAGCGACCUGAUAGAUAUUCGUGUAUACAUUAUGUAUACACUAUGUAUGAGUCUCACAUAAAUGUCUUCGCAAACUGAUUUAACAUGGGAUAUUGCACUAUCAUGCAGUCCAUGCUAAUAACGCUUGUUUGAAAGGUCCUCGCAGGCACGUUGCCAAUCCAUU